GCAGCUGCCGGGAUGUAAAUGAGACGGACUCGGGCUCUGCUGGGACAGAGGACUGUUGUUAGAGAAUGCCACAGCAAGCGGACACGCCGUCUGCGUUAGCUCACGAUUGUUCACUGGUAGCUCUUAAAUAUAUAGCGAAUAACAUAGAGUCGUGAUUGUGCUGUUUUUGUUUUUUUUUAAUUUUGCAAGAGGAUCGUCCUGCGGACUGCAUUAACCAUCCUCCAGCCAGCAUGCCUCCGCCUCAGAGCCUCCAAUCCAGCGGACUGACCCUCUCUGAAACAAGCAUGGGUUCUUUUAAGAGGAGGAAGAGGAAAUCCAUAAUAGUGACGGUGCUGCUGCUCAUCGUAUCCGUGCUCAUCCUCAUCUUUGGCCUGGCAGCGACUACCAGGACGCAGAACAUCACAGUGGGCGGCUACUACCCAGGAGUCAUUUUGGGCUUUGGCUCCUUUCUGGGAAUUAUUGGUGCUCACUUGAUAGAGAACAAGAGGCAGAUGUUGGUGGCGUCUAUCGUCUUCAUCAGUUUCGGAGUGGUGGCUGCCUUCUGCUGUGCUAUUGUCGAUGGAGUGUUUGCUGCGAGGCACAUUGACCUCAGGCCUCUGUAUGCUGGCCGCUGUGAGUAUCACUCCAGUGAGAUUUCAUCUGAACGUGAUGUACCCUGUCAGACAUCACGCACAUCAUGUAACCUGCGUGUGAAGGGCAACACCUGUUACUGCUGUGACCUCUACAACUGCGGGAAAGAACAUCCUCUUAUGGGACUUCAGAAUAAAGAUGUUUUGAAAAAGUUUAGGAAAUCAUCCAUGAUUUGGAACCGUGUAGAGGUGAUUGGAGGCUACCAUGAAUACACGGAUGUGAAGAGCUGUCAGGACGUGGUGCACCUCUAUCACCUGUUGUGGUCUGCUACCAUCCUCAACAUCGUGGCCCUCUUUCUGGGUAUCAUUACUGCUGCAGUGCUGGGAGGCUUCAAAGACAUGACUCCCUCUGCUGCCUCAGAGAGUACAUCUGAACCAGAGGCCAUUACAGCGCCAGUCCCCUCACAGCCUCCUCCACCCACCACCUCCCUCAACUCAUAUUACAAUACUGCCCCCUGCCUCCCGCCUUACACUGCCUACGACCUGCAGCAGGGCUCCUACUUAUUCCCCGACUCCUCAGGCCUAUCGGAUGACUCCCAGUCUGGAGCCAGCCACCUGUGGCCCACCAUGGUCCCUCCACGCUACUCUCCUCCUCACAACCAUCCUGAUGAGAAGCCCCCGCCGUACAGCCCGUAAGAUGGCUUCGAGCAAAGACACCUGAAAGUCGGUUGUUGGAUGCUGACUGAAUGGUUUGCACGCACAUGUCCUCAGAUCUUUUCCUCACAAUCUGUGAGAACUGUGCUGAAGAAAAGGUGGUGAGAAGGAGGAGGAAGGCCACGGAGCACACUAACUUUGAGUUCAUCCCAGCACAAGAAGUGUUUGUCUCCCUGGGCACCACUCACACUCAUGCCUGCACUGUGUGUGUUUGUGCACAUAAACACAUCUAGAGAGAGACAACCAGUUCAAAGCCAGGACUGUUUACACAUCUAUCUGCCUUAAUGCAAACAGACUUCCAGCGCUGCAGCUCCGGUCACCAUGACUUAUUCUGUACAGGGUCAAAAACUCAACAGCUCAUGCUUUAUGUCCAUCUCUCUUCAGUACAUAUUGUAAAUGCUUCGAGCCUCGAGUGUCACAGGUGAUAACGUCCUCAUUGUUUGCACUAUGAGGAUCUGGACUGAUGACCACAGCUACGACCCUCAUGUAAGAUCUCACCCCAGUUACAUGAAAGCUUCAGUCUGUUCCCCAAACUGAAUAAGCUAGUUAAUUAAAGACUAGGUGUAGGCCCAAGCUUUCUUUAGCAGAUAAUUAGGCAGAGUUAGCAGUAAUGGAGGUAUUACAUGCUCAUAAUGUAUGUACAGCAGUAUGAUAUACAGAUGCUCUUUUAACAGUUAAGCCUUAGGUAUACAAACAGAUCAUGGUAUCGCAGUAGUUAGUAAUAACUUAUUAAGGAAAGAUGGUUAACAGUUACAGUCCAAACCCUAUUUAUUGUAUUUUCACUCAAAGCUGUAAAGCAGGUAAGCAUAUAUCAUCUCUCUUUAUAAGUAGUCGCAAUAUCACAUCUAUGUGCUGUCUUUGUCAGGAGUAAAUACUAUUAUGGCCAAGUGUGUACAGUCGGUGCUGGAUUCACUGACACGAGAUGGGACAUCAUGAAAAGUAACUGUCGUCCACUGAGGAAGAGUGAAGAAGAGUAAAGGUAGUCCAUGUCCGUAAGACGGGUCUCUGUCAGCUUUAAUCACUGCUUUUUAUAAUUUAAACAACACAUUCUCAGGGGCUGAUUGUCAGUUCCUUUUGUCUUGCCAUUAAAAAAUGUUUUGUGUAAUUCAGAUGGUGUGUUUGUUUUUAGCCAAACUAGCGAUCCAGUCAGUCAGUCGGUUCACCACUUUGGCCCAAACGGAAACAUCUCAGCAACAACUGGAUGGAUCACCAUGAAAUUUGGUGCAGAUCAUGGCCCCUCUCAAGAAAAAAGGUUGGUGAGCCUUUAGUUUGCACAUAGCACCAUCUGCAGGUCAAAGUCUUAACUACCAAAACUUUAGUUGAUGAGCACAAGGGUGGAGGUUUUGUUGCAACUUUGGGAGCGGGGAACAUGACACGGGGUUUGGGGGUCUUUCAGACAAGAAACCAAUAAUCAACUGAAAAGUAAAAAUAAUAAGAAACAACAAAGUAUAAAAAGUUUGUCUGUGUUAUGUUUCAUUGUGGGUUUUUCCAGCUUCUUCCAGCUAUGUACAAACA